AUGCGACGGGCUCGACUUCUGGGGAAAGAACGCAGCAUCGUAACGGAAAAAGCUCUCAAGUGUAAGGGCAUGGUCAGUGUCCGACUUGAGGUGCUGUCGUUUCCAGAGAUUAAGACGAAAGAUCCCACGAAGCUGAAGAACAAUGUGGAGAGGCUAAAGAAAGCAUUUUGGGAUGAAGGUUGCUGGCGGCUGCCGUUACCGAAUCACAUUCCAGCUCAAAUCGACAAGCAGAGUCUCGAUGCCGCCAUCCGACAUUCACAGCGCUCGAGCGAAGAACUUUUUGUGGGCCCUCGAGACGAAUAUCCCGAGCUCGAGUUUCCACCGGGUUACCAGCUCAUGUGUCUGGAUGGACAGAGCCGCGCUCUCGCUGCCGCAAAGGUUCUUCCUCUCGCGGACCGGAGGUGGAUCGUAGAUUUAUAUGCUGCAGACCUCACAGAAGAGCUCAGGACCAUUCUGGUGGAGGAAUACUCAAAUGAAGACCGUCCGCAUCCCGGAGAGAUCUACCGAAAACUUCGGCUGUAUCACCUCCAAAGGGACUUGCGAAUCGACAACUGGUGGUUUGAAAAACGGUGCUGGGCACGUUUGUCACCUCAUGGACGCCGCAAUGUCAAGCAGCUCCUGCGCCACCGUGAAAUAACGGCGGCCUGUGAUGCCCUGCUGGACGUUGUCGGGCUUUGGAGCGGUUGGAGAACAAGUACCUGGCACAAGAUACUUGCAAUGGGGGUUGACGAGUGCGUCCUAUGCUACCUCGACUUUAUGAAAGAUUUUUGGUACGAGAGCGUCGGGGAAGAACGGAAUGCGAUGCAGAAAGUCGACGAAAACAGCGUCAAAGACCUUGAGUGUACCGCCCCUGGGGCGUGCAGAGCGGAUGCUCGGAAUCUAUAUGGGAAGUUGAAGGCCGGAAAAAUCUUCGGAGCUUUCAAUGACCAAGAUCGCGAAAAGAUCUGGGCCGAAGUGUGUCGUCGGACGAAAGAUCGCUUGAUCCCCUCAUUUUUCACCUUCUUCGAGGAUUUGAACUGGCUGACGGGCCCAGCGAACUGCGUCAAACGGUUGAUACCUAUAUCAUCCGAUGACACGAUCCUCUAUGCACUGGAACAGCACGUUUUCACCGGUGCUAACCAGCGAACCGGCCAGUGCUUGAUCCAGAAACCUGAUCAUACUUUCGUUUCCAAGUCAGGAACAGAGGCCGAUCAAAUGAACCUGGGAGUUCUACAGCUAUUUCUCAUCGCCAUGCGCAAUCACCUUGACAUGCCGGCCGAACCUAAGAAGAAGAAUUUACUCGCAAAGCCACGACCAAAGAGAGCAAACCCCGAGGUUCUACACGAAUUUGCCGCCCAUGCCCACAAGCUGGGCUUUGAGUCCGAUGAGAUUCGUGAACUGAUGGAACUCAGAACGUCAUCGCGAGCACCGCAACAGGAGUCAGUGUCAUCGGGUCCUGAAGAGUCUGAUCCACCUAUCAGGCGAUGCGGCAUCCCUUUGAGUUGUCAUCAUGAACAAGACAAACCAUGCCUCUUUCUGGAACCUUUGUACGCCGUACGUAGUGAGGAGUUUGAAGAGAUGACAUCUUCAUUUGUGCGGCGGUCUGUCAUUCUCGCCUUUUUUGAGAAGCCGACAAGCCUCUGCUUAAGCGAGGUGACGUCUCACCCUUCCGAACCUACAGCAGACCGAGGGACGAUUGGUCAAGAACCUUCAGCGAGGCGUGCACAGCCAAAUCGGCAGGGUCUAGAGCAGCGUCAUAUCGAUCAACACUCAGGUCCUCGCAAUACUCAGGAUCCUUUGCAGCAGGGGUUGCAAGCUGGUAACACCGUGGGGGAGGCUGAAAACCUUUCCGCGACCCAGCUUGAUCAGCAAAUAGUUACAAGGGAGGGACAAGUCGAGUCGGAAUGGGUAUCCGACAUAGAGAUGCUUGAUGAAACAGAAGCAGUCCAACAUAAUGCGAGGCGGGACCGUCAGGAAAAUGGGCGGAUACAGAAGAAGAACGCACGGCGGUCAAAUAAGCAAAGAAAGACUUCUAAGAAGAAAGGAGCAGUCAGUGCGAGAAAGAGGCAAGACAUAUCAGACGUGGGAGCAAUGCUGUUGAAGGUCGCUGAAGAGAGUAGUCUUCUGUCAAAACAACAGGAGGUGCAGAAGCAACUGGAAAGUCCGAGCCGAACCACGCAGAUCAACCCUGAAGGGCUCACAGAAGGCAACAUCCCUAUGCCAUUGCAGAAUCAAUCUUCAACCCCGGAUCAUAACGAGAUCAUGGAAUUGGGGCAGCCCACAGCGACGGAGCGACAAAGCGAGGAUCAAGAUAUGGUGCAGACAGUGACAGAGAACGUUGUUCACGAAAUCACCACAUCAGAUAUUCCAACACUCCAGGGAGAGGUAACUACGCGAAAGACCGGGUCCCCAGCAGAAGUAGAGGGUCGUCGCGAAGCACAAGAGCAACAAACGACCGCGCAAACCUUCAGGGAGCCAGAUGAGCGACAGUUGAUGGAGAGAACCCAAGACGGAAGAGAGGGACGCGAAGGGCAGCAUGUCGACCAGGGAGAGCAGCGUGCCACUGAGAAAGAGCAGGGACAAGAGGCUACAUCAGAGAGGAUUAAUGAGGCGCAGACCACACCACCACGAGAGAUGGCCCACACCGAGGAUUCAGCCGCUACAGAUCAGAUCCUUCUGGACGAAGCGGAACAGGCAUGGGCCGAUGAUCAGAUGAGGCGUGAUCGAGAAGAGUCUUUAUUUUGUUCCGAGUCACUGUCGCCAAUCGAUGAACUCACGAACGUGGAGUUGACAGCACCAAAACGAGGGAUCGAAACGGGGCCACCGGAAUGGACGCCAGGGGGAUAUGGGUCGGUGAACGAUUUGGAAGAGGCUCUACCAAGGUCCACCACAGAUCAGCAGCACGAGCCGAUGCCGACCCAACAGGCGAAUGUCAGAACAGAGGAAGUGGAACGAAUCUCCAGAGCCGAAAUGAGGGACUCAGCGGGACGAGAAACGAUCCCAGUGUUUCCGCAGCCCGAGACACUCGAGAGAGGGCAGGAGAAGCUCGAAGAGCUGCGAGGAUGUGUGAGCCAUGACCACGAAAUUUACGGAGGGGAGGUCGAACCGCAGCAGGGAAGCCAAAAAAGACCAAGCCUGGAUCCUGGACGUGCGAUCGAAGACCCCAGCCUCUUACAGGAUCUGAGCUCAUCAUCGGGAAUGCGAGAGGUGGACCUAAAACGCGACACUCGGAUCGAUUUUGGCAGGGUAGAGGAAUUAGAAGACCUCCAACGAGCGUGGGAUGGAGUUCGUGAUGUGGAAGAGCCGGUUGCUCUAGAAGCUGAGGGGUUUCAAGAAGUGCAGGAAGAGUUAGGAAGCGAUGAGCAAGCGCGAUACGAGCCGCUCCCGAACGAGGGCGACCGAGCAAGAUUGGAGAACACCGAAAGGAAUAUGCUAGACGAUCGACUAAGAGAGCAAGAAAAUGAAGAGAGGCUGGAGAGUCAGCGACGAAAACAGGCCGCGAAGGAAGAAGGUCAGAGAUGGGAGAGACUGGCAAGGCAAGAGAGGGCAAGGCAGCUCAAGAGCGAGAAGACCGAGUUGAGCGUGGAGCAAAAGAUGGCCAAAAACCUGGCAAGGGACAGGCAAGAGAGAAGUGUAAAGGAAGACGAAGGAAUGCGUCGAAAACGGACGACACAGAUCGACUUCGGGAGGCUCGGGGAAGUUGAUGAACGACCCAGGCCCAGAGAGAGCGCCGGUAAGCAUCCAAUCAGGGAAACCGAAACCGUGCGCGGACUAGGCGAGAUUAUUAUGCUUGAUUCUGAUGUCAUCGCGACGACCAGUCAACAACCACCAGACCCUCCUCACUUGUCCACGGAAACACCCGACCUUCAGAAGAUUCGUAUUCAUCUUAAAAUGUCUGAUGGGAGGCUUGCUGGUGGGGACUGGAAAAGUUUGCCCUCACACGAUGUUGACCCUUCCGAGCCGGCAGACUUCAUGCGAUUCUUGAGGAAAUUCACCAGAAAAGACGCCGAAAAUCCGUGGAAUGUGUUCGCCGGGUCCCACAUGAUAACCCCGUUGACGAAGUUUGAAGACAUCGUCAAAGGCGGAAACAACACCUUAUACAUCACUCGGGAGGGGGUUAUCGACACCAGUCUCCAUCCUGAUUCUCCUGCUGGCAAAAGGGUUCGAUCCUGA